AUGGGCAAAAUAGACUUGUCCUCUGAAGGGAAAUAUUUGACUGUCCUAAUAGGCUCUCUCGUCUACUUAUUUACACUGUUCUGUAAUAUGUCUUUGCUUGUGGUUAUAGCUUUGAACAGAAAUCUACACGGGCCUCAGUAUCUGUUCCUUUUUCAGUUAUCCAUCAAUGACUUGAUUGGUAUCAGUGCCAUCAUUCCAAGGGUCAUGUCAAAUGUAUUGUCUGAAGAUUUGCACAUCACUUACCCAGCAUGCUUGAUUCAGGCUUUCUGUAUUCAUAUGUAUGGCGGAGCGACACUUCUCAUGUUGUCUAUCAUGUCGUUUGAUCGCUACAUAGCUAUCUGUCAUCCACUAAGGUACCAUUCCAUCAUGACUAAGAACACUGUUGUAAGUCUCAUUGCCUCUGCUUGGCUGAUUGACUUUCUACUGGUGGGAAUCCUGUUCGGGCUCACGUUGCGUUUCCCUGUUUGUAAAACAGUUAUCGUGAACAUCUAUUGUGACAACGUGUCCCUGUUAAGACUGACCUGUGCAACAGACACCACAGUGAACAACAUCUAUGGCUUGUUUAUCACAGGUGUACUCCAUGGGGGAGGGGCUUUUUCUGUGGUGUUCUCCUACUCAYUCAUUCUAUUCACAUGCUUUAAAAGUAGUGACUCUGAUGCCAAGCUAAAGGCCUUGCAUACAUGUGCCACACACCUGCUUGUCUUUCUAAUCUAUGAGUUYUCAGGUAUCAUUGUUGUCCUUGUGUAUCGAAUACCUAACACUCCUCUCCUACUUCAGACAUUUGCAGGAAUGAUAUUUGUCAUAUUACCUCCAGGUCUGAACCCAGUAAUAUAUGGUAUCAAAACUAAAAAGAUUAGAGUGAAAUUACUUCAGCUUUUCUCCAUGGCCAAAGGAUCAGUUGGAGUAGUAAAAGUCAAUAGUGUAACUUAA